GUGCAGCUUCUUGUGUCGAACAAAGAUGCCGGCACAGUCAUCGGCAAAUCCGGCUCCACCAUCCAGAGCGUCCAGAGCCGUACAGGGUGCAAAAUUCGGAUCUCGAACAACAACGAUUUCUUUCCCGGGACACAGGAUCGCGUGCUGCUGAUAACAGGGACGACUGAAGCGGUCAUGAUGGGAGCCAAGGCCAUCAUCACGGAGCUGCUGGAGAACAAUCAUACAGGGGAGGAGAAUCCCGUGGACCCUGCGACUAAGGACGUGGUGAUCACAAUGCUGGUGCCGGAGAAGACGUCUGGUGUGAUCAUCGGGAAGGGGGGAGAGAACAUCAAGCACAUGAUCGAAGAGAGCGGCGCUAAGAUGAAGCUCAACUCCAAGGACACGAAGAUACCGGGACUGGAUGAGAGAGUGUUGACUUGCGAUGGGAAGCUGGCGAAUGCGAAGAGAGCUAUGGAGAUGGUGAUGGAGAAAGUGCUGGAGGAAGGAGCUGCAGGAUACACCAACAUCUCGACACAGUACAGUAGGGUAAGCGGGAUGGGAGGGAUGGGAGGGAUGGGAGGGAUGGGAGGGGGGAUACCAAGGACUUCCAACAUCUCGAACCCAACAGUUACGUACACUGUACACGUCCCUGACGAGGUGGUCCCAGCCCUGCUGGGGAAAGGGGGAUCGGUGAUCCGGGAGAUGAUGGAGGCGAGUGGAGCGCAGAUAAGAGUGUCGCAGAAAGGAGAGUUCGUACCAGGAACCAACCACAGGAUCAUUACAAUCACCGGCAACCAGCACUCUGCUUCCUACGCUCAUCAGCUUAUCUCAUCAAAGAUACCGCAGUAUUGA